AUGCUGCUUCUGACCAUCUCACAACUCAAGAUGUCUAAAGGACCAGCCGUGGGCAUUGAUCUUGGCACCACAUACUCCUGUGUGGGCAUCUUCCAGCAUGGCAAAGUGGAGAUCAUCGCCAACGACCAGGGCAACCGGACCACCCCGAGCUACGUGGCCUUCACCGACAGCGAGAGACUGAUCGGAGACGCUGCCAAGAACCAAGUGGCCAUGAACCCCACCAACACUGUGUUUGAUGCCAAGCGGCUCAUUGGGCGUAAGUUUGACGACGCCGUGGUGCAGGCAGACAUGAAGCACUGGCCUUUUAAGGUUGUGAAUGACUCGACCAAACCCAAGGUGGAGGUGGAAUACAAGGGUGAGGUCAAGACGUUCUUUGCUGAAGAGAUUUCCUCCAUGGUUCUCACUAAGAUGAAGGAGAUCUCAGAGGCCUAUCUUGGAAAGCCUGUGCACAAUGCAGUUGUAACGGUCCCCGCUUACUUCAAUGACUCCCAGCGUCAGGCGACCAAAGAUGCUGGGGCUAUUUCUGGGCUCAAUGUGCUGCGUAUCAUCAACGAACCAACGGCAGCAGCCAUUGCCUACGGCUUGGACAAAAAGGUUGGCGCUGAAAGGAAUGUCCUCAUCUUUGACCUUGGAGGUGGCACUUUUGAUGUGUCAAUCUUGACCAUUGAAGAUGGCAUUUUUGAGGUGAAAUCCACCGCUGGAGACACUCACUUGGGAGGAGAAGACUUUGACAAUCGCAUGGUCAACCAUUUCAUUGCUGAAUUCAAACGCAAGUUCAAGAAAGAAAUCACCAACAACAAGCGCGCGGUGCGUCGCCUGCGUACAGCCUGUGAGCGGGCUAAGCGCACUCUCUCCAGCAGCACCCAGGCCAGCAUCGAGAUCGACUCCCUCUACGAAGGAGUGGACUUCUACACCUCCAUCACCAGAGCCCGCUUUGAAGAGCUCAAUGCCGACCUGUUCCGCGGCACACUGGAGCCUGUGGAGAAGUCUUUGAGGGACGCCAAAAUGGAUAAAGGACAAAUCCAUGACAUCGUCCUGGUUGGUGGCUCCACACGUAUUCCAAAAAUCCAAAAGCUGCUCCAAGACUUCUUCAACGGGAGAGAACUGAAUAAGAGCAUUAAUCCUGAUGAAGCUGUGGCCUAUGGUGCAGCUGUGCAGGCGGCUAUCUUGGCAGGAGAUAAGUCGGAAAAUGUCCAGGACCUGCUCUUGCUGGACGUCACACCUCUGUCCCUGGGAAUCGAGACGGCUGGAGGAGUCAUGACCGUGCUUAUCAAGAGAAACACCACCAUUCCCACAAAACAAACGCAGACUUUCACUACCUACUCCGACAACCAGCCUGGAGUGCUAAUUCAGGUGUACGAAGGCGAGAGGGCCAUGACUAAAGACAACAACAUCCUGGGAAAGUUUGAGCUCACCGGCAUCCCGCCAGCUCCCAGGGGGGUCCCUCAGAUCGAAGUGACCUUUGACAUUGACGCUAACGGCAUUCUGAACGUGUCGGCAGUGGACAAGAGCACCGGCAAAGAGAACAAGAUCACUAUCACCAACGAUAAAGGACGUCUGAGUAAGGAGGACAUCGAGCGCAUGGUGCAGGAGGCGGAGCAGUUCAAGGCUGAAGACGACGUCCAGAGAGAGAAGGUGACGGCCAAGAACUCUCUGGAGUCUCUGGCCUUCAACAUGAAGAGCACCGUGGAGGACGACAAGCUGCAGGACAAGAUCAGCCCUGAGGACAAGAAGACUAUUGUGGACAAGUGCAACGAGGUCAUCUCCUGGCUCGACAAGAACCAGACGGCUGAAAAGGAAGAGUAUGAGCACCAGCAGAAGGAACUGGAGAAAGUGUGCAACCCCAUCAUCACUAACCUCUACCAGGGAGCAGGCAUGCCCGGGGGGAUGCCUGGAGGAAUGCCAGGGGGUAUGCCUGGAGGUUUCCCUGGUGGAGCUGGAGGUGCUGGUUCCUCCUCUGGCCCGACCAUUGAAGAGGUCGACUAG